GGGUGGGCGGGAGGCAGUGCAGUGAUGGCGGACGAGGGAGGCAGGCUGGAGCCGGACCCUUACGUACCUCGCCUGGAGACAGAAGCGGAGGCCGCCGGAGAUAGCGGGCUGCUGGAGUGUGGGGUACCCCUGGAAUCCAACGGCUACGUGCUGUACAGGGACAGGAAGGAAUGGGCUGACAUUGAGCCAGUUCCUCAGGAUGAUGGACCACAUCCAGUGGUUCAGAUUAUUUACAGUGAAAAAUUUAAAGAUGUCUACGAUUAUUUCCGAGCGGUUCUGCAACGCGAUGAAAGGAGUGAAAGAGCGUUCAAGUUAACAAGUGAUGCCAUUGAUCUUAAUGCUGCAAACUACACUGUGUGGCAUUUCCGUAGGGUUCUUCUGCAGUCUCUAAAGAAAGACCUACUUGAGGAACUCAGUUACAUCACAGCUAUCAUUGAAGAUCAACCAAAGAAUUACCAAGUCUGGCACCACAGAAGAGUGUUGGUAGAAUGGCUGCAGGAUCCAUCCCAAGAACUUGAAUUUAUAGCUGACAUUCUUAACCAGGAUGCUAAGAACUACCAUGCAUGGCAGCAUAGGCAGUGGGUCAUUCAGGAAUUUAAACUAUGGGAUGAUGAGCUGGAGUAUGUGGAACAACUUUUGAAAGAAGAUGUUAGGAACAAUUCUGUUUGGAACCAACGAUACUUUGUGAUUUCAAACACAACUGGUUAUGAUGAUCCUGCUGUUCUAGACAGAGAAGUCCAGUUUACCCUAGAAAUGAUCAAGAUGGUGCCUCAUAAUGAAAGUGCUUGGAAUUAUCUGAAAGGGAUUCUGCAAGAUCGUGGCCUUUCAAAAUAUCCAAAUCUCUUAGAGCAACUUCUAGAAUUGCAGCCGAGUCACAGUUCUCCCUAUUUAAUUGCCUUUUUGGUGGACAUAUAUGAAGACAUGCUAGAAAACCAGUGCGAAAACAAAGAAGAAAUUCUUAACAAUGCACUAGAGUUAUGUGAAACCCUGGCUAAAGAAAAAGACAUAAUACGGAAAGAAUAUUGGAGAUACAUUGGAAGGUCCCUUAAGAGUAAACACAGCCCAAAUGAAGAACAGAAUGUGCCAACUGAAAAUGAUCCGCAGUAACUUCAUGCUAGUGGAAAAGAAUACAACAUUCAGCUCUGUGUGUAUUACAAGAACUCAUGGCAGGAAGAGCCAGGCAGGCAAUUAAAUAGUGUUGUUUCCUCUCUUCCCCAAAUAUGUUGUAACUUUACAUUACUGCAGAGGUAUUGCUUCUAACCACACUGAGAGUGCAAAGCAUUCUGUGUAACAAACUGACCUGUGGUUACUAGUGCUAUACACAUUAGUUGUGGGACGGUCCGGAGCACUGUGCAUUUAAAAAAACAACACUUAGUAAUUACUUGAAUUGUACCAAAUAAAUGAAUUGUUUCUUACUAGUAUAUGAAUAAUGCUGUACUUACCAUUAUAAUGUUCUAAAUCAGUUCCCAGCCAUGGUCACUACAAAGUGACUAUAAAGUAAGCGCAUGUAAGAUUCUGAAUGUAUUUGAGUUGGAUUGCAGAGACCUGAUGUGUAGAGGAUAUGUAAAGUAACUUAAUUGUGGUUACUGUGAGGAAGGGUACGCAGUUGUAUAUUGGAGCAGCUAUGCAACACAGACUGUGUUCUCAUUGUACUCAACUAAUGCCAUCAAUAAUUUGUAAUAAAGGUAUAAUGCUUGUGCAGGGA